AUGAAACUGGCGCCAAACCCUUGCGCAUCAGAUGGGUAUGACUUUGUCUUCCUCAAGAUUGACAACGAUUCCAAGUGGUCUGACUAUAAGACCACCACCCGAGACGGAAACUAUGAUGAGAUCCUUGGAGUACUGGUGCGUAUGUUCACUAAGGCCGCAAUGAUGUCUCCCACUCACUCCAAGCAGUGU